AUGUCCAUUAACGAGGAUGAUGUGAAGAAUGAUUCUGAUAAUGAUUUGGGUGUUGAUUUCGAUUAUCAACCGAAUGCAGAAGACAAUGCUGAAGACGACGAUGUGGAUUCGCUGGAUUCUACUAGCAAGAGUGAAGAAGUUUGUGGGGUAAAAAGAAUAGCAGAUCUAAUGGUGGAGGAUAUUUGGAACCUGGAGUUUAGGACAGAGGAUGAGGCCUGCCAGUUUUAUAACGCUUAUUCUUGUUGGCAUGGAUUUGUAAUGAGGAAGGACGACGUGGUUAGGGAUAAUCAAGGUCGAAUUAUUAGCAGGCAACUUGUUUGCAACAAAGAGGGCUGGAGAAAUAUGAGAUGGAAGGUAUCAUGUUUUGUUGAAUCUCACAACCACGAUCUGACGCCACCCCAAUUUGCGCAUCUGGUACCGGCCAAUCGUCGUCUCACUGUGAGUGAUAGAGUCCAAGUGGAAAAUCUUCAUAAUUUUGGUGUCAAGAGCUGCCAUAUUAUGGGGUAUAUUGCAUUCCAGAAGGGUGGAUAUCGUCAUGCUGGCUUCACACGGAAAGAUUUGUACAACCACAUCGAUCGCUAUCGUCGGGCAAAAGUUAAAAACGGGGAUGCCAAUGCGGCAAUAAACUAUUUGAUUGGCAAGUCAAACAACGAUCCGCUGUUCUUUGGAAAGUAUACGUUCACUAGUGACGAAAGGCUGGAGCAUAUUUUUUGGGCAGAUGGGCAGUCGAUUAUCGACUAUCACUGCUUUGGAGAUAUUGUUGCCUUUGAUUCAACCUACAAGAAGAAUAAAUACAACAAGCCUUUGGUCAUUUUCUCUGGAUGCAAUCAUCACGGGCAGACUGUUAUCUUCGGCUCCGGCCUACUAUCCGACGAAACCACAGAGACGUAUAAGUGGUUGUUGGAAACCUUUGUUGAAGCGAUGGGUGGAAAAAGUCCAAAAGCAGUAAUAACUGACGGAGACCUUGCCAUGCGAGAUGCAAUCAAGAAUGUUCUGCCUGAUGCGACCCAUCGGUUAUGCGGCUGGCAUCUGCAGAGAAAUGCAUGUGAAAAUAUAAAGAAUCCUAAUUUCCUACGCGAUUUCAAGGGUCUUAUAUACGACAACAACGACCAGAGAGACUUUGAUCGGAGAUGGACAGCCAUUUUGGAUAAGCACAACCUUGUUGGUAGUACCUGGAUGGAGAAGACGUACGAAACCCGUGAGAUGUGGUCCCAUUGUUUCCUCCGGGAUAAGUUUUUCGGUUACAUAAGGACGACAUCACAGUGUGAAGGUAUAAAUUCUCUCAUCAGAUUUUAUGUUAAUCGCAAGAACACCCUCAUUGACUUCAUGCAUAACCUGGAUAGGGCCUUAAAGGAGUAUAGAAACAAUGAAUUAAUAGCUGACUUUAAGUCUCAGUGCUCAGAGCCUGUGAUGAUUACCUCAUUGGAGGUAUAUGAAAGAUCUGCAUCCUGUUAUUUCACGCGAAACAUUUUCAAGGAAAUUUGUAAUGAGAUUCAGAGGGCAGGGGCUUUGAAUAUAACGGUACUAAGCACAACCUUGGACAAGGUAGAGUUUAGUGUGACUGCUCUGGGAGACCCGGCCAAAGAUCGCCGGGUGGAAGUCGAUAGAGAUUCGUUGAUAUACAAAAGGUGGACAAAGAAUGCAAAGAACGAAUUUAUUAGCACAGAUAUGCCUGUGAAUGAUGACAUCGAAAGGGUCUUAAAGUUUCGAGUUGGAGCGUUGGCAUCGAACUGCAACAAGCUGUGUGAUAUUGCUUGCAAGGAUCUUGCAGACUUUGAUGAAGUCCAGUCUGAACUUGUCAAUUUAGUUAUCCGCCUGCAGUCACGCAAACAAGGCAAGUCAACUCCUAAUGUUAACGUGGAAGGCAUUAACGAUCCAUUCGUUGUCAGAAGCAAAGGAGCCCCUUCGAAGAGGUCUUCUUGGAGGAAGAGAGCAUGCUCUAAUUGCCACAAGUACGGUCAUUACUACAAGCGCUGUCCAGAUCUGAUGCAGCAUAGUGUGGAAGGCAACCCUCGCGAUGGAUCAUACGGCAAUGCAUCAGCCAAGGACUCAGGUUUUAGUCCACAAAGGUUUGCUAAUUCUUCAAGGUCGUUCUCAAUUAAGUCCGAACACCACUCAGGACCUAAUACCAAGCCUUUUAAAAAGGGUGGAACAAGGAAGUUUACGGCGACGGGUAUGAGGAACCGGAAGGGUAAAGACAACACUUUUGUUGAGGUGAAGGAGUCACAGCAGGACAAGAGACAUUCAUUCAAGAACUAUGAUUGCUUAAUUGCGGUUGACUUUUGGGUGACGAUUUGCAACCAUUGUGAUUAUGCAAUUCAGUUGAUCAAUUAG